GUUCUGAACUCCGCUUUGGAAACUAGUGACAAAUGGAUUGGGCGAAGGCUACUGCAGAAACCUGAGGAAAAUGUCACAGAUAAUCCCGAGGAAACUCAACAUCUCUAUUUCAAGAACUGCACUGAACCAGCUCUCAAUGAAUUCCCUAAUGACAUCUUCACGAAUGAGGACCGGCGGCAUGGAGCAGUAGCCCUGCACGCUUUCUGUGCGGUCUACAUGUUCUAUGCAUUGGCUAUUGUCUGUGAUGAUUUCUUUGUUCCUUCAUUGGAAAAAAUUUGUGAACGCUUGCACCUCAGUGAAGAUGUGGCAGGGGCAACAUUCAUGGCAGCUGGCAGCUCUGCUCCAGAACUGUUUACAUCUGUCAUAGGUGUGUUUAUCACGAAAGGAGACGUAGGUGUUGGAACCAUCGUUGGGUCUGCUGUAUUCAACAUACUCUGUAUAAUUGGGGUUUGUGGCCUCUUCGCAGGGCAGAUCGUUGCACUGUCACCUUGGAGUCUCCUGAGGGAUUCAUCAUAUUAUACCUGCUCUGUUGUUGCACUUAUUUUGUUUAUUUAUGACGAAACAGUUUCUUGGUGGGAGUCCUUAGUUCUAGUGCUGAUGUAUGUCGUCUACAUUCUCAUCAUGAAAUUUAAUGCCAGUCUACGACAUAUAUUUGAAAGGAGGACAAAGAAUGCAACAAACAUGGUGAAUGGAUUAGCAAAUAACACAGAGAUGGAUGACAACAGCAAUUGUGAUGCUACUGUAGUAUUACUAAAGAAAGGUAACUGUUCCAGAAAUUUCCACCGCAAAGCUUCCGUGAUCAUGGUGGAUGAAUUGCUGUCUGCAUAUCCGCACCAGCUUUCCUUUUCAGAGGCUGGGCUCCGGAUAAUGAUAACUAGUCACUUUCCUCCCAGAACCCGACUCUCUAUGGCCAGCCGCAUGCUGAUCAAUGAGAGGCAAAGGCUAAUAAACAGCAGAGUAUAUACCAAUGGGGAAUCAGAGGUGUCUAUCAAGGUUCCUGUCAAGCAUACUGUGGAGAAUGGGUCAGGACCCAGCAGUGCAGCUGAUAGAGGUGCAAAUGGAACCAGAAGAGACGAGGAAGCAGCUGAAGCAGGGAAUGAAACUGAGAAUGAAAACGAUGACAAUGAUAACAAUGAGAACGAUGAGGAGGAAGAGGAGGAGGAGGAAGAGGAUAAUGACGGGCCUUACACUCCCUUUGACCCACCCUCUGGCAUAGUAGAAAUAGUCAAGUGGCUGUUCACCUGGCCAUUGUCUCUGCUCUUGUACUUCACGGUGCCCAACUGUAAUAAACCCUACUGGGAGAAGUGGUUCUUGGUCACUUUUGCUUCCUCUACACUCUGGAUUGCAGCCUUUUCCUACAUCAUGGUAUGGAUGGUCACAAUCAUUGGCUACACUUUGGGGAUUCCAGAUGUGAUCAUGGGGAUCACGUUUCUGGCAGCUGGAACCAGUGUACCAGACUGCAUGGCAAGCCUUAUUGUAGCAAGACAAGGGAUGGGUGACAUGGCUGUGUCGAACUCCAUUGGAAGCAAUGUUUUCGACAUUCUCAUUGGCCUUGGACUUCCAUGGUCUCUACAGACUCUGGCAGUAAACUAUGGAUCCUGUAUUCGAUUGAACAGCCGAGGACUUAUCUAUUCUGUGGGCUUGCUUCUGGCAUCGGUUUUUGUCACUGUGUUUGGGAUUCACCUGAACAAAUGGAAGCUGGAUAAGAAGCUGGGGUUUGUGUGCCUUUCCCUCUACGGCAUCUUCUUGUGCUUCUCCAUCAUGACUGAAUUUAAUGUCUUCACUUUUGUGAAUUUGCCUAUGUGCAGAAAUCACUGAUCAUGUGGACAGACUGCUGAGAGGCAACUUCCUUCUUUACCUGUGCAAUAUGAAACAUGGUUGGCAUCUCCAAGCAGCGUGUGGUGCCCUAUGAAGGCCGUGAAGUACACCUCCUCACUGCUCAUCGGGUCCUCUUCCUGUCUUGGUUUAGCCUCCUUCUAAGACACCCCUUCACACAUACAGACACACACCUGGAAACCUCCUGCAUUGAUGUGAAGAUUUACAAACUCAGAUACUCUGAACAGUGAUUGGCAGUCUAAAUGAACUAACUUCUACCUGGCACUGAGCCAGAGAAACUGAACUGCUACAGUUUCUUCUUCUUUUUAACUUAUUUGAUUGAAGACUAAUCUAAUUUAUGAACUGAGAUUAUAGCUAGGAUACAAAGAAAAGGGUACAUUGUGUCGGGUGCUUUUUCAGGAAAAUAGAAGGAAAGUGUUUGAUUCUUUUUUCCCCCAGACAAGCUCUCUUACAGCUUUCUGAGUGCUCAAUUUCAUGGAAUGAUCCAAAAGUCACAAAUGACGCUGUGGGAGCUGAGUUCCAGGUACUUGUUAAUAAGAACGGACCUUGUACCUUUUAAAAGAAAACAUGGAAGUUGUAAACAUGACUUCCUUUAAGGAAGAAAAAUAUCACUUGAAGGGAUUUGAGAGGAACCCUAACUGAAUGCAGACUAUAUAGUUGAACACUGCUGCAUUUUAUUCUUAAGAGAAUAAUGUGAUUGCUAAAUUGUUCGUUGUAUUUCUAAGCAAUAGUUUUAGGCCUGCCAGUCCUGGAAGGCUAGUGAGGUGGAGUCCUGGUUUUUAACUGUCAGUAAGUUGAAAUCCCAAUCAGAAACAAAGCCUGGACUGACCUCUUGUGGUUUCUCAAUAUGUUUAGUUUCCAUAGAACUUUUAGAUUGAAAAGUGCUUUAUGUGACCCCCCCUUCUUUGUUCUCACAAGAAUCUUGCAAGGUAAGUCAUUAAUAUUCCCAUAGGCAAUAUAUUUAAAAUGGGAGGAACUGAGGCUGAGAGAGAGAAUGAUGUGCCAAAGGCCAGUGAGUAAGUCCAGGACUGAACCAAGGUAGUCCGCCUCCAAGUCAGAACACUGUCUACUGAGUCAUCAAACUGGCUCUCAACGUACUAGAGAUUGGAAAGGGAAGAAAGGGUCUGUGUUAAUUGAGAGGGGGGCAUAAGCACAUGGCACACUUUUUUUUUAAAAAAAAAUAGUUUUAGACACUGGUUUCUGAAAGGCAUAUUUUGCACAGAUACUAUUGCUGAUGUUGUCAUUUGCCGCUCUGCAAAGGAUACACUGGACCUGGGUAGGAAUUUUUUUUUCAUCUUACAGAUGAGUCUGACAUAACCCACUGGGAAGUCCUCCCAGGCAAGCCCCAUUUCAGGAGCCCUUCCCUUUGGAUUGUGUCUUCUACCUGAUUCAAAAUUACUUAGAAUUUAUCCUAUGUUUUCUUGGAGUUUCGGGCAGUGGGGAGCAUUUUGAAAACUGAGUAUUGAGUAGCUGGGGUGAUUGUGAAAUAUUUGCCAUUCAGUGUUCCAUUAACCCUGCUGUUUGGGGUGUAGUUUGCUGCUCUGCUCAUAUUGCGCCUGCAUUACACCUCAGCUGAGAUACCCAUCGCUGUCACACUUUCAUAGUUAUUAGAGCUGUGUGUUCCUUAUUGUCACACAGGGAAUUUCUGCUUUACUUGGUAUCUAUAUUCUGUUUAUAAUAAGGGAUUCCCUGCUAGGCAAAUGUUUGAGGCAUAUUUUGUCUAUGUUGCCAACAAAGGCAGUUAUUAACAGAAAAGCAGCAAGCCUGUUAUCAGGCAUACAUGCACGUUUCUGAGUAAAAAUCUGUCUACCCACCAGUUUGCACUUUUACACUCGAUUAUUUCAAAAUGAAUUUUCUUGGGAUAAAUAGUGUGAAAUAUUUUUUUCAUAUCUGCCAACUCCCUUCAUCGCAGCACCUUGCUUCCUCUUAUGACGUCCACAGUGAGCACUGAGUAGUUGCUGGCGUUUUCCUUAUAUCUUGGGUCAGCCACAUACAUGGCCAGUCUGUGGGCAGCUUCAUAGAGUAAAUGCACUAACACACGGAUAUAGUUCAGUAGAGAAUGGAUGAGUUUACAUUUCCCUCCUCCCCGAUUGCUCUCUUACACACACACACACACACACACGUUAAUGUUUGCAUUUCUGUGUCAAACAAUUGGAAUAACACUGUCUGAGCUCAAACACCAUUACGCUAGUUUAUGAAUAGCAUUCUAAUCAUGAAUCAAUCCCAUUGCUUUAGACCAGUGACCCUCCUCUCAAUUUUCUACCUUCAGUGAACGUUUUUACACAUCAGCUUGCUUGUUGAAGAACCCAUGAGCAUCUGUCUGGAAUCUAUGUGUGUUGCAGAGGAUUCUGAAGCAUCUUUUAGGAUAUUUGGAGAACUAGCCAGACUUUUUAGGGCUUAUGUAAGAGUAAACCCUAGAACAGACCCAAUGCUUUCUUACAGCCAUGGAUUUCAGGGGAUGAUUGAUGUGGGGAUGAAGUUAUCAUUCAGGGAAAUUUGUCCAUCAUUACUGAUCUUCUCACUAAUGACUUCCUCAUAUCCUCAUAAUUAGUGGUGUUUUAAAUUAGAUCAAUAAUAGCAGCCAUUCAGCUCAGUUCUCUAAAUCAAAUUUUAGCACCGAGAAAUAUAUGUAAUUUUUAAAAGCUUCUUGAUUACUCCCUUCCUUGAUUGCACAAUAGACAAUAUUUGGAAAACAAAUUCACAUCAGGAUCUGUUAAAUCAGAGUCUCUUUCCAGAAUUUGUAGGGCAGCUCCAAUGGAGCCAGUUAAAUCUAUUUCUAUGAAAUAGCUUUUAUCUACCCCAUGGUACAACACUAUAUUAUCUUGCACCAAAAGGAUCUUUCAUGUUGGAGGGAAUCAAAUAUUAGAAGUUCCGUAGCAUUGAAUUAUCAGUAUGACAGAUGUGCAUUAUGCAAGCAAGUCAUGACAUGAACAAAUUAGAUUCACGUUGGGAUGGGAUAAUAUGGGUGCAGAGUGUCAGGACCAUGAGUGACAACUAUACCUGAAUUCAGAUCUGGAAUGUGUGUUCUCCAACUCAUCAUCUCUGAGAUCCCUUGCAGGAGCUGAAGUUGGGGCCUAAAGUGCAAUAAGGAGAUGGUUCUGCUCUAUAGACCAGGCAACAGUGCAGAAGGCCAGAAUCCUGACAUUUUAUAACAGGCCUCACCAAUCCAGAGGAUUCAUACUGUCAGCUAAUUACAGGGUCUGAUGUGCCUGAAGGACAUAGCUGGGCACACACAAUCCCAGGUAACUAGCUUCAGCCCAUGGCCCUUGACAGUGUGGAAUCCUUGACAGUGUGGAUCCAGGCAAAUUUCAGUGCAUGAAUAACAUUCUAAUCGUGUGUGUGU